GGAAACACCCUCCAGUCUACUGAAAGCAAACACUCAUCAAACAACAUUAAGAGGUCGGCCUGCGCAAAACAGCAACACCAGCAACAACAACAGCCGUCGAGUACGACGUUAAAACCGCCCAAACCUUCCCGACAGCGUCGUAAGCCCAGAGUUCUCUUUUCCCAGGCCCAGGUCUACGAGCUAGAACGUCGUUUCAAACAGCAACGCUAUUUAUCAGCCCCAGAACGGGAGCAGAUGGCGAACGUCCUGAAGCUGACACCGACCCAGGUCAAGAUCUGGUUCCAGAACAGGCGAUACAAAAACAAGAAACAACGUGAGACGAAGACCAUUGAUUUAGGGACGGCCACUGCGGUCGCGGCCGCAGCCGCAGCGGCGAGACAUCAGCAGAACAACGAUCAGUACCCACCGCGUCGUGUGGCCGUCCCGGUUCUCGUGCGGGACGGUAAACCCUGCACCGGGGCGUCCAAUCCUCCACCGUAUACAUAUUCCUGCACCAAUUUCAGCUACUCCACCGUCAACAGCGGCACACCGAAUACCCAAACGACAGCUUUCACAAAUUCCUGUAACUAUGAAUACACCACACCACAGAGCGAUCAGUAUCUCGACACGUCCAUCAACAAUAAUAGGACUUGGUGAUGAGGGCCGUUCUAUCAGUACGUAUGUCCAGUGAUAGUCUUCCAGACCCUUUUGUUAGAUGCUUUUGUAGAUACUGAUUGACUUUUGAACAAUUCCUGAAACAUUUGUGACCAUUUAAGGGCAGGAAAGUUUAUAUAAAAAAAAUAAUGCAGUAUUUACUCCAGAGAUGUGAUAGUGUCUUCGUUGAAGCUGACGUCAUUAAAGGCGAAAAUAAACACGAGCCUUCGAUAUUCCAUGUUGGUGCCUAAUUCUAGAAUAACUACUCCAGCGACAAAUGAAUGAAGUCGUGAUGCCAUCAGCAAGCAUGCUGAUGUAGUCACAAAUACUGACUUGUUGAAUGUAUCUCCAUCGGUUAGGAAUCGGUGUGGGGUAACCUAACCCUUUCUGUCAAUAUCAAUAAUAAGGAAUGCUGGCUCUGCGUCGCACGACAGAUCCAAAAAUACAGUAAAUGUAUUGAAAAUGCUCGUCAGGAGGUUUGUCUAAAAUUGGUGAAGAGCUGUUUCGUCCUAAAUUUCGGAGCUGACGAAAAAAAAUUGUUAAUAUGUCGUUUGUCCAGAGUCCAGGAUGAAACUGCUGUUUUGAUUCACCAUGCAGACUUCUUGGUUGUGCAUUGUCAUGGAGGACAUUUGACAAUACAUUUUCUAUGUUCUUGAAUCCGUCAUGCGGUGUAGAGCGAAAACUCUCUAUUGACGUGUUCUUGCCAAUCUCUAAUACCAACAUCAAAACAUUGUGGACAAUCUGGACAUUGUCCUUUUAAAAUUGAUUAAUAAUAUUCUGUCAUUCUACAACUAAUACUUCAUUUAUGUGUCAAUAGUAUUGGAAUAUGAUGUAAGCCAAAGGCCCAUGAAAUGUAUAUGUUUCACACGCAGAUUCGAGGUCAUUGAAACUCAACUUCGGUGAAAUAUCUUUAUUUUCUCGUAAGGGAAAAUGAAAAUCUGACAAGGAGCAUGAGGAGUGGAGAUCAAAUCACGAUGAUCGUGCUGACAUUCAGUCAUAUCGAUUUUUUAAACUCGCGGGAUUUCACUUUUCAACUUUCAACGCUUUUAGAUUGAUUUAACUAAUUGUUCUUUCAGUUUAUCUGGUGUUAAUCAGUUUGUGUUAGUAAAACCAAUACUCAAUUAUUAUAAGACGUUAAAGCCCCCUCACACCUGACCGAAUGGAGGCGGACGAAGGGUGACGAAUUGGAAAGAUGCAAGAAAUGCACGCGAAUUCAACGAAUUCCAAUAAAAUUUCCGUCAAAUCAUGCGUUCAGUAACUAUUGUCAAAUUUUAUCAACGAACGGUAAGCGAAGGAUAAAUAUGACGUGCGAAGUAUAUCGAUUUUUCGGUUCACCUCUUUGAGGGCUUAAACUGCAGCCAAGGGCGAGCGAAGGGUCGAUAUAACCCAACAAGAGAAACGAACAGUGGGCAAUGGUUUGAUAUGGCGUGCGAUUAGAAAUGAAGACGAGGUGGUUCUUGUUCGUUUGUGUCAUUGUGUUGCUUCGUUAAGGGUUCUUUCGAGAUCGGUCCACUUCGGCAAAAGCGCGAUGAGGGACUAUGCGCGACAAUAAAACACGAACGAUAAACGAACGAAAACCGCAGACUAAAUAAGAGAUGCGAAUUCAAACAGAUGACCAACGAUUUUUCAAUUCGUCGGGAAAUUUUAAACAUUUUCAUUUUCCUCGCGAAAUUGAAUCAUCGUAGCUGUUAGUUCAGAAGGUGUACGAACCCAAACACGAAGGGUAAAUAUGAUUUACUAUCAGUUACCACGAUUUUUCAAAAAAUGCCUUUCGCCAGCCAUCGCAAGGCAUAUUUCAGGCAAUUCGGUUAGGUGUGAGGGGGCCUUAAAAGCAACACUUGUGAACAUUUAAGGUUACGUUGUAAUUUUUAUUAUUUUCUUUUUUACUUACAAUGUUAUGAGAUAUUCCAUAGGCAUAUUCUUCGACUUAAAAAAAACACAAAAAGCAACAAUGCAGUCUGUAUAGUUAGACAAACAAACUUCUAUUAAUCCUGUACGGGAAAUUCUGUUUUUUCUCAACUUUUCACAUUACUGUAAAAUACACUAAGAGCACUGUAGGCAAUGCGACGAUGAUUAUGCCAUAUUUACUCCUGCAAUAAUUUCUUGGCGGUAGAUACAUAAGCCAUGCACUGUAUAUUUUCUCACAAAGUCGUGUGCAAUGCCAUUCAAAAUACACAGUGAAAGAAUCUUCCCUUUCUAACAAAAAUAGUUAUAUUACGUAAUCUACUUUUUUUCAAAACAAUUGUAUAUCUCGUUAAGGCAAUAAAAAGAACAUAAUUUCGCAUUCGAUCUCAGCCAUGUUCAACCAAUAGCAUGACGCAUAGGCCCUAUAUUAGGGUCCCAUCUCACAAAAAGAUGCGAUAGAUUCAAAUUAAACUCAAACAGUGAUUGAUCUGAAAUUGAAAUCGGAAUUUGAGUUUGAAUUUAAUCUGUCGUAACUCUUUGUGUGACGGGGGCCCAGGUUCCCGUCUUACAAAGAGUUGCGAUUGAUCUUAUCAAUCGUAACUCUGGAAGUCCAUUAGUGUCAUAAUUUUGUAUACAGGAAAUUUGCAAAAUGUCCUAUGUAAACAAAGGAGAACACACCAAAUUGUCAAGAAAUCAAUGAAUUUAUGGAUAUGCAUUCAUAUCUAGAAUUUUUUUUGAACAAGCAUGCAUUUUAUCUGUUGACUUUGAUGGCUUUCCAUAGUUAGAUGGGGCCCUGUACUACCGAUUGCUAGGAUUUGUGUGACGGGGUCCAAGAGUAGGGUAACUCAUCAUCUAUACUUUAGAAAAUGUCGUUUCAAAUUGAAUGAUAUUCCUUCAGCUAGAAUUUCUGUUAACAAAAUUUUUGUGUAUCGACAUAUUUUAUUUAUGGGACAAGAGAGUGUCAGACGAAGGGGAAUCUUCCAGCUGGAAGGAACACAGCGUUACACAGUGUGAUCACAGUGUGUUCACAUGGUGGACAAUGUGGAGAUAUUAUUCACACUGAUAAAAUGCUCAAUAGGGUGAAGAUAUUUUCACACUGUGAAUGCCUCGACAGUGUGACUUUUCACAGCGUGUUCACAUAGUGGACUAUGUGAAAAUAUUAUUCACACUGUUAAAAUGCUCACUUGAAUUCAGUAGUGUGAAGAUAUUUUCACACUGUGGAUAUCUCGACAGUGUGAAUAAUCACAGCGUGUUCACAUACUCGACUAUGUGAAUAUGUGGUUCACAUUGUUGAAAUGCUCAAUUUUAACAGUGUGAAGGUGAUUUCACAUUGUGUUCCACACUGUGAACAUACUGUGGGGCACUGUGUUUUUCUUACUUGUAGUGGCGCAUUACUGUUUUGUGGGUUUUUUCUUUGGGGGUUGUGUUGUUGUUUUGUUUUGUUUUUGUUUUUUGCUUGUCGAGGAGAAGAAAUUAUAUCACAAGCCUUAUGAAUAAUUGAAUCGAAGAGGAUUUUGAUAAUUCAUUUAAAAAGAACACUUCAUCAUUCAUGUGUUAUUUGAAAUUCCACAACCAUUCUUCUAAUUAUUAUAUAUAGGCCUCCAUAUAGUUCGUAAAAGUCAUUUUCCAACCUUGCCUAACUCAUUUAAUUUUGUGAUUAACAUUCUAGAUCUUCCUUAGUUCAACCCUAUUCGCACAAACAUAAAUACUUUGCACUUUUUAAAGAAGAUAUUUUAUAUCAUGAUGAAAUUAGCAAUGGGUAAAGAUGUAAGAUCAACACAUCUAAUAUAAUGGUUUAAUACAUUUUCCUUAUUGUGUGGAAUUCAGCAUAUUUUGAUAUGAGUACAGUUAGAAAAUUUGUCAUUUUCGACGCCUUUCCAAUGAAUCAAAUUAUCUUAUUUUAGAUGGUUAUGUAAAUGUGUAUAUAUAUCAUUUUGUGUGUAAUGAAAUUUGUAAAAUAAUGAUGAAUAAAACGAUCUUAAAGUGAUCUCUAAACAAAUUU